AUGCGUCAAGACCUUAUUACAUUCAGUCAUAACGGUGAAAAGGCCUUUCUCUUAGGAGAAUUCAGCGACUGGAAAAAGUGCCAAGAAAAACUUAAAAAACACUCUCAGUCUAAAUUUCAUGCGGAGGCCACUGAGAAAGUUUUAUUAUUUGAUGAUUCGAGAAGCGAUAUCGGAGCGAAAUUAGUCGGUGAAUUAAAAAACCCCCAGGAAACUCGAAGACAAAUGUUGUUAAAACAACUUAGUAGCAUUAGGUAUUUGGCACGCCAGGCCCAGAGCUUGCAAGGGAAAACUGAUAUUGAGAGCAACUUACACCAGCUGCUAAAAUUAAGAGCAGAGGAUGUUCCUGAACUAUUGGAGUGGAUUGACAACGGAAGAUAUCUCAGUCAUGACAUUAUAAACGAGUUGAUUAACAUGAUGGGCAAUGCAGUCCUGAGGUCUAUAGUCACAGACCUACGUAAAGAAUCACAGUUAUUUAGCCUUAUUGCAGACGAGUCUAGAGACAUAAGCAACAAGGAACAAUUAACAUGUGUUUUGCGUUGGAUAUCUACAACCAACUUAUCCGUCCACGAAGAUUUCCUCGGUAUGUACAAGCUAAAGAAAACCGAUGCUGAAACAAUCACCACUUCGCUGAAGGAUAUUUUGUUGCGAUGUAAUUUGACGAUAGACGACUGUCGGUGGCAAACAUAUGAUGGCGCAGCAAAUAUGGCUGGAAGCAGAAGUGGAGUUGCAGCCCGAAUAUCUUUAGAGAAUCCCCGCGCCCUGUACAUUCACUGCGGGAACCACAGCCUUGAUUUGGCUUUGCAUGAUUGUGUGAAGGAAAGCGGAAUUAUCAGUGAUACGUUGAAGUUCGUGCAAGACUUGGCCGUCUUUAUUCGAUCUUCACCAACACGAAUGGCGCAAUACCAGCAUAUCGCCGAAGAGAUUAACGACAACGGCAUGCAAGUUGAGAAUCCGCAUUUGUUGUGUCCAACUCGGUGGACGGUAAGAACCAAAGCAAUAUCGGCUGUCUUGCACAAUUACGAGGCCUUGUACUCCACAUUACUCAGCAUUGCCAAAGAAUCUUCCAAGUCUACCGUACGUGACACCGCAUCAGGUAUGGCUAGCCAACUGAAGAAGUUUUCCACGUACUUUGGUUUAAGUUUUGCGCAGAAUGUCUUUAGCGUUUGUGAACAAGUUGCAUCUACGUUACAGAAGCCUUCAAUAACGGCACAAACAACUGUUACUUGUGUCACUUCCUUGAAGACAAACUUGCAACGCCAACGAGACGACUUCCAUUUGUUUUACGACCAGGUAGUCACUUCGAGCAAGGCCAUCAACUUUGUAGACGAUCCUAAACUGUCAAGAGCGAAGCAACUUCCGCGGCGAUUUCAGCACGGAGAUGGUGAGCAACAUCAUUUCCAAUCCGCGAAAGAAUUCCACCGUGCCCAAUGUGUUGAGGCACUUGACGCAUGCAUGGCUGCACUACAGGAACGUUUCGAUCAAGAAAUAUAUUCUGUAUUGAUGAACAUCGAAACCGUGCUCAUUAAUGCGGCAAAUGGGCAUACGUUUGAGUUAAAUGAUGCAGUUAAACGCCUUUACGAAGAAGACCUCGAUUUUGAUCAGCUAAAGGCAGAGUUAAAGCUUCUUGAAGGAAUUAUCUCUCAGCGUCUUCCAGAAGUUAAGAAGGUGACAUCAAUUGACACCAUUACAUCAAUAUUCUCAACCGAAGAAACUGACUCAUCGCAGAUCGUCAUGGCAAUGUCUAACGUUGUCCGACUUUUGCAGAUUUACCUUCUUGCUCCAAUGAGCGCAGCCUCUGGAGAACGGUCUUUUUCAAGCCAGCGUCUUGUCAAAACGUAUCUAAGGAGCACGAUGACGGCAGCACGCUACAACAAUCUUAUUGUUAUGCAUGUAAACAAGGCCAGAACUGAUGAACUGGACUUAAGUUUGAUUGCUAAAGACUUUGUUUUGAAAAACGAACGUAGAGUUAGAUUUUUUGGCAAAUUUUAUUAA